GCCUGCGAGCCCACUCCCAGCAUCUGGAGGGCAGGCGGCAGGAAAAGGAGGCAAAGUUCGCCCAGAAGCGCGAACAAGCCGAAGCAGAACAUCGACGGCGCGAUGCGAUUAUGGAGCACAUCAGAAAGCUCCACGUGCAGCGGCACCACAAGGCCUCACAGCUGAAAGAGUUGGCUUGGCAGGCAGCCGUGACGAACCGCGAGGACACUCUCCGCCAAGAGUUGGAGGCUCUUGUUCCGCGCUUGGCUUCCGCUCCUACGACGCCAAGGAGCCCGGGCAACUUCAACACGCCUUCGAACCACGGCGUGUCACCACAGUCACAUCAAACUCCGCGGGCUUCAGCCGGCUCGCCUCGCCGAGUCAACGCAGAUCGUUUUAUUCCUGCAACGUUCUACCCGACCACACCACGGCAGCCGACCCCCACAGUCACCGGCAAGCCAAACCUUUGGUCUCCGGUGGCCGGGCUCGAGCCUCCGUUGAUGUCUCCGACCAGUGUGGCCUCAUUGACGAGCUCCCGCAGCUCCUUCAGUGGCGGAGCA